UGCUAGAUUAAAAGUAAGACAUCAGUUAAGGAAUUUAUAGAGUAAGACAUAAGAGAUACGUAUAGGUAUGGAUUUCUUCUAUCUCCUAAUGUUAACACUCACUUCGCUUCUUAUGAUUGCUACUGCUAAUUCUGUACCAGUAGAAGCAAAUACUGAAGCAGUGGAUAACAAUACUUGCUGGACAAAGGUAUGUAUACCCUGUGAAACUUCAUCAACGACACAAACUGGUUUAAUGAAAGAUCUCAACUCAAAGAAGUUUAUUGGGUCAACGGUCCUCAAUAACCACGAUGUCAUGGACUGUUAUCCGUGGAUGUUUCGCAAUCCCAUAAAUAGAAAAUGUGAAUGUAGUAACAUUCCAUAUCGCUCUGUACUAUGUGAUGUUGAAAUCAGCAGGACAUCCAUUCUUGAUUGCUAUUGUAUGACUUACGAUAGUGAGCGCAAUGAAACUCAACUAGGAAAAUGUGUGUAUGGUUGCGGACAUAAAAGAGACACUGUGUUUUAUCCACUUCCAAAUAGCACAGACGAUCUUAACAAAUACUCUUGUAAAAAAGUGAACCGUGAUUCAACACUGUGUGGGAAGUGUCUACCAGGAUAUUCACCACUCUUGUACUCGUAUGAAAUGAAAUGCAUGAACUGCACAGGAGAGAACAUGACCUACAACUGGAUCAAGUACAUAGCAGUUGCUUAUUUUCCUUUAACAUUCUUCUUUUUCUUCGUUGUAAUCUUCAAAUUCAAUGGAACUUCACCAAUGCUGAAAGGUUUCAUUAGUAUUUCCCAAGGACUUGUUUCACCUCUAUCUGCAAGAGCUUUUCUUUCUGUUAUUUCAAGGAAAGCUUAUAUUGAGAAUUUCACUAGAGCUUUAGGUAGCUUUUAUGGCAUCUGGAAUUUGGAUUUCUUCCGUACAGUCAUUCCACCUAUUUGUGCGACGGACAUCAGUCAAAUACAAGUGCUUGCUUUGGACUAUGCUAUUGCCUUUUAUCCAUUGGUACUGGUUAUUCUGACUUACUUUCUCAUUAGUUUGCAUAGCCGUGAUGUACGCAUAGUUGUUUGGUUGUGGAUACCUUUUCAUAAGGUUUUCAGUUUAGUUGGUCAAAGCUGGGAUCUGGAAGGAUCGACUGUGAAUGCUUUUGCUACCUUCUUUUUACUCUCCUACUUAAAAUUUAUCAACACAACUGUUGAGUUGCUAAUAUUCACGACAGUAUAUGUACUGAAGGACAACAGCGAAGAAUACGUUAUAAAGCAUGUACUUUACUAUGAUGCCACGAUGAAAUACUUGGGACAAGAACAUCUUCCGUACGCAAUAGUAGCUUUGUUUGUCGGUGUUUUUGCUGUAAUACUUCCUAUAGUGUUUCUGAUCGUAUAUCCAAUGAAAUGGUUUCAGAAAUGUCUCAAUUCUUUGAAUAUUCAGCGUCAACGUCUUGACAUGUUUGUCAACUGUUAUCAAGGUUACUACAAAGAUGGAACGAAUGGCACCAGAGAUUAUCGAUGGUUUUCUGUGUCAUACUUUUUUCUUCAGCUGAUUAUGUUCGUACUAUUCACAGUCUCGCCAAGUAUCUAUUGUUUUUCUAUUGGAGUGUUAGUCACAGUUACUCUCAUGUUUAUGCAACUCUCAUUACGACCAUACAAGGAAGAAUUCAAAGUGUACGACAUAACUGAUGCCUUCAUGCUACUGAUUCUUAGUGGAGUGUUCAUUAUGGCAAUCGCAGGAGAUGAAGCUGACAUCAAAGCUUCCUACUUCAGUACACUUUCUUAUUCGUUUCUAGCACUCAUUGGAAUUGUCCCAGCGAUCUAUUUCUUUGCGUUGAUCAUUUGGUGGCUUCUGGUAAAGAAACAACUCAAAACUUGGUGCAUAAGCAAAUUUCGUAGCUUUAGAGCUCAGCCUGAAAUCCCACAAAUUGAAGAGUCAUUUUCAGAUAGUGAUAUUCCACACCGGUUGGAGAAUCCAUCAGAUUACUCCUCUCCAAAUACCCCACUGAUUUCUGCCCCAAGAAAAGAUGCAAAGUAUGGCUCAGUUGCUUGUGCUGAUUUCACAAAGCCAUGAUGGUUGCAUACUAAAUCGGACUGUGUAGAGUCAGUGCACUGUCAGUGUAUAGCAAGCUCCCUUCAUAUAAUUAUACAUACAAGUUGGCGUUUGUGCAAAGUUUUUUGUGUGUGUCUAGAAUAAUUGAUUUAUUCGGCUUGACUG